AUGUCUAGCGAUGGCGAUCUGAAUAUUGACAAUCUUAUAACCCGACUAUUAGAAGUUCGAGGAUGCCGUCCAGGCAAGCCGGUCACGAUGACCGAAAACGAGAUUCGCGCUCUCUGCCACAAAUCGCGGGAGAUUUUCCUAUCACAGCCGAUACUUCUUGAGCUUGAAGCGCCACUAAAAAUUUGCGGUGACAUACACGGACAGUAUAAUGACUUGUUGCGUUUGUUCGAGUACGGCGGAUUCCCACCGGAGGCUAAUUAUCUGUUUCUCGGCGAUUAUGUGGAUCGUGGAAAGCAGAGUCUUGAAACAAUCUGUUUGUUGCUUGCUUAUAAGGUGAAAUAUCCCGAGAAUUUCUUCUUGUUGCGCGGAAAUCACGAAUGCGCGUCGAUCAAUCGUAUAUACGGAUUCUACGACGAAUGCAAACGUCGGUUCUCCAUCAAACUUUGGAAGACAUUCACUGACUGUUUCAAUUGUCUGCCAAUCGCCGCGCUUAUCGAUGAGAAGAUCUUCUGCUGCCACGGCGGUUUGUCGCCGGAUUUGCAGAACAUGGAACAGAUUCGUCGUGUGAUGCGUCCCACCGACGUUCCGGACACCGGAUUGCUCUGCGAUCUGUUGUGGUCCGAUCCCGACAAGGAUGUUACAGGAUGGGGAGAGAAUGAUCGAGGAGUGUCGUUCACGUUCGGACCAGACGUCGUCGCCAAGUUCCUCAAUCGGCACGAUCUUGACUUGAUCUGCAGGGCUCAUCAGGUCGUCGAAGAUGGUUACGAGUUUUUCGCCAAAAGACAAUUGGUCACACUUUUCUCCGCUCCCAAUUAUUGCGGUGAAUUCGACAAUGCCGGCGGAAUGAUGAGCGUUGAUGAGACAUUGAUGUGCAGUUUCCAGAUUCUGAAGCCAUCGGAGAAGAAAGCGAAAUAUCAAUAUCAAGGGAUGAACAGCGGAAGGCCGGCGGUGGGCGGAGCCCGACCUGGAACGACCGGCGGAAAGAAGUAA